AUGCCAGGAGCGAGCAAACAAGUGGAAGGGGGAGCAGGCACGGGAGAUUCAGAAACUGAGGAGGAGCAGUUGGAUCUUGAAGAAUGUGAUUUAGAAGAAAAGUUGGCGUUACGCGAUGCCUAUGCAGAGGCAGUGUUUGAUGUGAUUUAUGAGGAGCUAAAAGAAGUCCUGAUAAAAGAUGUGGAGCGCAAAAUCGAAACCAUUGCAUUUGAAAAGCUCGAACAAAGAUGGGACGAAAUGGAGCACUCCAGCGCACAAAUGGUUCAACAGCGUUCCAUUUUUUGCCGCGAGAAUGAUGAAUCACAGAAAAGUAGUGAAGUACGAGAGGGUGCCGUCACACCCUCAGAUACAGUGGCCAAAGCGGUUCCAUCACAAACAAAUCCAGUGAUAAGGUAA